CUGACACUUAUUCAACACUGCCACCGUAAGCAGAUUACUUUUGCGCUGCCCGUGUCAAAUACGUAGUUCACUUUGCCUCUCCAUCAUGUUUAGGAUGCUGAAACACCAUCUGCACCCGGGCAUUUUUCUCUUGUUCAUAUGGCUUUGUCACCUCAUGGAACAUCAAAAAGUUCAAGCUGGGAACUGCUGGUUGCAGCAGGGGAAGAACGGGAGGUGCCAGGUGCUCUACAUGCCCGGGAUGAGCAGGGAGGAGUGCUGUCGGAGUGGAAGACUGGGGACGUCCUGGACCGAGGAGGACGUCCCCAAUAGCACGCUCUUUAGGUGGAUGAUCUUCAAUGGCGGAGCCCCCAAUUGCAUACCUUGCAAAGGUGGAGAAACCUGCGAUAAUGUUGACUGUGGGCCUGGGAAGAGGUGCAAGAUGAACAGAAGAAGUAAGCCGCGCUGCGUGUGCGCACCAGACUGCUCAAACAUCACCUGGAAGGGACCGGUCUGCGGCUCAGAUGGAAAGACCUACAAAGACGAAUGCGCACUGCUGAAGGCUAAAUGCAAAGGCCACCCCGACCUGGACGUGCAGUACCAGGGAAAGUGCAAGAAAACGUGCCGUGACGUCUUGUGCCCCGGCAGCUCCACAUGCGUCGUGGACCAGACAAAUAACGCAUAUUGUGUGACGUGUAAUCGGAUUUGCCCUGAGGUGACGUCGCCUGAGCAGUACCUGUGUGGAAACGACGGGAUCAUCUAUGCCAGUGCGUGUCACCUGAGAAGAGCUACAUGUCUCCUCGGCAGGUCUAUUGGAGUGGCAUAUGAGGGAAAAUGCAUCAAGGCCAAGUCGUGUGAGGACAUCCAGUGCAGCGCAGGGAAAAAGUGUCUCUGGGAUGCAAGGAUGAGUCGGGGCCGCUGCUCGCUGUGUGAUGAGACCUGUCCGGAGAGCAGGACGGAUGAGGCGGUGUGUGCCAGCGACAACACCACAUAUCCCAGCGAAUGUGCCAUGAAACAAGCUGCUUGUUCUAUGGGGGUGCUGCUGGAAGUCAAGCACUCAGGAUCUUGCAACUGUAAGUAAACAACAAAAGCAAAA